AUGCUGAGUACAGCUGCAUAUCAAAGAACAAAAGUCAUUGGGCGAGGGAAAUUUGGCGUUGUAUACAAGGGUUACCAUAAACAAACAAAGAAAACCGUUGCUAUAAAGGUUUUGGAUCUCGACACAAAAUACGACGAAGUGGUAGAUGUUCAGCAAGAAAUCCAGUUUCUAGCCGAUUUGAAGAAUUCACCAAACGUCACUCACUACUAUGGACUGUUUUUAGACGACACUAAGCUAUGGAUCAUAAUGGACUAUUGUGAAGGAGGUUCCAUGCGGACCUUGCUUAAAGGAGGGUUGUUUGAAGAGAGAUAUAUUGGUGUCAUUGUCCGUGAAGUAUUGAUGGCACUUCUGGCUGUCCACAAAAUUGGUGUUAUACACCGUGAUUUGAAAGCAGCAAAUAUUUUAGUCACGAAUGAAGGACACGUGCAGCUUUGUGACUUUGGUGUAGCAGCGCAACUAACGGCUAACUCGGCCAAAAGAACUACAAUAGCUGGUACACCUUUCUGGAUGGCUCCAGAGGUUAUACGAGAGGGUGAUCAUUACAAUUUUAAAGCGGAUAUAUGGUCAUUGGGAAUCACCAUUUAUGAGCUUGCGACAGGAAAUCCUCCUUACUGCGACAAGAGUGCGACGUGGGCAAUGACAAUGAUAGAAAAACAAGCACCGCCAAGACUCGAAGGCAGAGAAUAUCCUUCAGCUCUCAAGGAGUGCAUCGCACUUUGCCUAGAUGAGAGUCCAAAUGAACGUCCAUCGGCAGAUGAGCUAUUCAAGUGCAAGCUUGUGAAGCAGUACAAAAGCCUCCCUACAUCCACUUUGAAAGAACUCAUUUCAAGAUAUCUCCUUUGGAGGGAUCACCACUCAUCGCGGGAAUCACUUUUCAUAUCCAGCGGCUCAGAUGAUGAAGUGACAGCGAAUUCUGAUCGUCUUCUGGUGAAGUGGGACUUUGAUUCUUUGAGCUCCAAGGAGUACAUAGUGGCUAAUGACAUUAACACUUACAAUGCUAAUGAUCACCCCAGAUUUGAUUCCGAGGAAAAUGAAGAUGAUCAGUACACAAUGACGGCAGACACAAUCAACUGCAAGUAUCAGGCUCCUGAAGCACGAUUUAAUGAUGUAAUCACGAGCCGCACACAUCUUGGUAUGAGAAGCAGCUCUAUUAAUUUGGUCACAAAUAAUGUGAAUCAUGUACCAAAAUCUUUAAUAUCCCUUUUCGAAGAAGAAGACUCACCAAAUAUGGAGCCAUUUACCUCGGGCAGCCUUCAGUUUGAAGUGCCACGUUUGCCAAGUAUGUCAGCCCCUGACUCGCUUUUAUUGAAUUCUCCGACGAUUGAAAUUCCAGAUAUGGAAAGUAUGUCUCGAAUUGGGCUAGAACAAAAAACUCUGUCUCAGCUGAACUUGGCAGCUUUUCGUUCCAUCUCACGACACCAAUCACCCCAAAAUACAUUUCCCAAGCUAAAUAAGCCUCCGGCCUUGACAUCGCAAUAUGGCGGAAAUAGCUCUUCAACAAACAGCUCGCGACAGCGCAAAAAAACGAUAUCAAACUCCGGAAGUUCGGUAUCAGCUGGUACCAAGACCUCUCUCGAAGAGACGCAAGGACCUCAGACGCCACCAAAUGUUGCUGAUAAUAUCGGUAAAAAGACACCCUCUCCCGUUUUUACUUUCAAUGGUUCCUUCACAGAUUCUUCCAUAACCAAUAGUCCUUCAAAAUCGAUGAGACCACUUCAAUCAAGCAACAAUCCUAUGCUUCAGCCUAUUAAUUUUAAGUUGAAUUCAGAUCAUGCCUCAAGUAAAAAUGUGAACGUUGCAACUUCACCAACCAAUGUCUCAUCGACAAACCAUACAUCAAGUGGAGCAUCUAUGGCAUCCAAUUUUUCGUCCAUGAUGUCUAUGUCUGCACAAGCGAAUGGGGUUACUACGAAGCCCCAAUCCAAAAAAGAAAAACCCUCCCUCAAGAUACAAAUGCCUGUUCCUUCAAGUUCGCACAAAAUUGUUUCAAUGCUAGGCAGCGAAGGCUCGGAGUUCAAGCGCCCCAAUGACAAUGUGAACCAGUUUGGCAUAAACCCCGCCUUGGUCUCAAAUGUUGCUUCCAUGACACCAGUCACAGAAAAGGAUAAUCAAAUUGAAGAACAAAAUGAUGGCAAGGAUAAAAGUGGAGAAACUAUUCAAUUUCAGCGACAAAAGAAAAGUGCAAUGGCCACACCUGGCUCAAAGUCAACUCCUUUAUCAUCGUCUUUUCCGAUUCAACCUCCUGCAGGUGGAACGUUUUCUAGACCCAAUGUUUUUUCAGUUCUGAAGUCAUUUUCCAGCAAAGAAAAUCCCAAAUUUCCCAUCAUUCCCUCUUUGCAUGGUGACUUGUUCAUGGACUCUACGCCAACUAACAAAAUUGUUAAUGAGCUAGAGAAUAUGGUUACACUUUUUAUUCAGGGUCUUGAAUCCUUGGAAAGUUCCUUGUGA